GCUGGUUUUGACUCGCCCGUCGGAGUCGCCCACUCACCAGCCUGGCUUGCCCGUGUCUCGCUCUGGCUUGUCUCGUUGGCUGCAGAAAGCAGCACAUGCCCUGCCUCUGCGCGUGCCGACAUGCUUGCGAAUGUAGCUGAUGCUCCUCUUCCUGCACGGCACGGCAUCACGCAUAUGCAGAGCAGAGGCAGAGAGCAUCAGGUCUCGCGCGUUUCAGCUCUUGGCUGCGCAGCCUCCUCUCUCUCUCGCUCUCUAUUGUGCUCUCUUUCCCCCGCGUCUGCCGCUUGCCUGCUUACUUACCUGCUUGCUUGCCCACAUGAGGAUGGAUGGAGGAGAGUCUGCCUUGCUCGGUGCCCAACAGCGGCACACCUCCGGCCUGACCGGACCCAAGCCGAUGCCUGGCUUUGCUAUUGUCGUCCUCUCGGGCCUUUGGCAUCUGUGGGUGAGCAAUUGGCUGCGCAUGCGAGCCGCUGCCGCCCACCCUCUUGCCCUCUGGGUGGGUGACCUGGCGUUGGCUGGUGGCUUGGGUGGCUUGACAGGUGUCAAUUGGGCCGGCCUGGCCGGGUGAGGAGCAACUUGCAGCUCGGUGAUUGUGCGCAUCGGCGCGCAGGUCGAGAGUAGCAGAAUGCCGCGUCUCAAGUCGGGGACUGACCUGGUGGGUGGUGUCUAUGGACGCACCAUUAUGUCAUUAGCACCGUGUUCUCCUGGUUCCCUAC